AGUUUUACACUAAAACAGACAUCUGAGAGCAGACUAUUACAUAGCUGUCACUUUUUAACAUUUCCACCCCUGGGAAAAAAAAAACCAAAAAUGCUCUUGCUCAAGCAUUGGCGAGAAGCGUUUCAGAGCACUGUUUGACUGUUUGUUUGGUGUUUUUUUUUUUUUCAUGGAGACUUACUAGAAAUCAGUGUUCCAUUUUAACCGCUGAAGGAAUGUGCAAUCGUGGUGUGUGAGCUCAGACACUGCAAGGGAGUGCUGCGCGGCGCGCUGCCUGCAAGACCUUGUGAGGAGCUGUCUCCGGGGAGGAAAAAAACAAACAACCCAGAGCCCUUGAAAUCGGAGCCGAGUUUACCUGCUCCACCUCCCUUGUCCUUUCACCGCAUCCGCUUUUGUCCCACCCAGGUAGCCUAACAACUGUGAUGUGGAUUGGAAAUACCAUACAGUGACCUCCAAAACGUGCGGUGGAGUUUUUUUUCCUUCUUCAUGCAUUCUUAUUCCAGCCGCGUUAAAUUUUCCUAUUACAUAAAAUUAAGGAGGCUCAAUCUUCCGUGAUCUGCCUGAGAUCUGUCAUUAGUUGCUGCUAAUUGCAUCUGCUCCGGGACUUGGGGAUGGCCAUAGAACAAUGGAAGCUAAUGAGUAAAACAGCUGCUGGAUCCAGCAAAGCAAUUUGUCGCUCCCUCUGACUCCGGCUUGUGAGCUGAGCCAGGCUCAGCGGGUCCUGCUCCUCUGUCUGUUUGGGAAGGUCAUCGCACAGAGCAGGACUGACAGAGGCGGCUCCCGGGAUGGUGCGGUCAGCCAGUGAUUUUGACCAGCUUCCAGAUGAUGUACCUGUUUCAGCUAAUAUCGCAGAUAUUGAAGAGAAGAAAGGCUUUACUAAUUACUAUAUGUUUGUCAUUGAAGUAAAGCUUAAAGGUGGUGGUAGAUACCUGAUUUUCCGGCGCUAUCGUGAGUUCUAUGCCCUGCACACCAAACUAGAGGAGAGAUAUGGGCCAGAGAGCAGUAACAGCCCAUUUACCUGCACACUCCCUGUACUGCCAGGAAAAGUUUUUGUUGGUGCCAAAAAGGAAAUUGCUGAGAACAGGAUUCCUAUCCUAAAUGUCUACAUGAAGAACCUGCUCUGCCUCCCUGCUUGGGUGUUGAUGGAUGAGGACGUUCGGCUGUUCUUCUACCACUCAACCUUUGAUGGCGAGCAGGUGCCUCACAGACUGAGACGGCUUCGCCCACGGACACGCCGAGUUAAGAGUGUUUCAGAUCAAGUGCCUGUUUUUGACCGCACCGCAGCUCCGCGGGCUGAGGCACUGUUUGAUUUUCCUGGAACCAAUAAACUGGAACUCAGCUUCAAGAAAGGAGAUUUGAUCUAUCUACUCAGCAAAGUAAACAAAGACUGGUUGGAGGGAACUGCUGAUGGUGCCACUGGGAUUUUCCCAUGUGCUUUUGUGAAGAUCAUAAAAGAUUUACCACAGCAGGAAGACACAGUUAAUAAAGUUCGCUGUUAUUACUAUGAUGAGACUGUGAGCACCAUCAGGGAUAUCUCAGUGGAAGAGGAUCUGAGCAGCAUUCCAUCAUUCAAAGAUCUAAUGGAAUUGAUGAGGCAGGAGUUUAACCAAGAAGACAUUGUUUUGAAUUACCGGGACCCUGAAGGUGACCUGAUCCGCUUGCUCUCUGAUCAGGAUGUUGAACUCAUGGUGUCUCAGAGCAGAAGAAGUCCCUCUGAGAAGCACUUCUUCCCUUGGAAGUUGCACAUCACUCACAAAGAUGACUUGGGUGUCUACAACACUAGUCCAGGAGGAGGUGCUACUCAAACAGUAGGGGCUAUAUGUACAAACAAGAGUCCAGAGAGAUCCCUGCCAUGAAGAUUGUCUAUUCUAGAGCAAAGCACUGGAGUGAAACAGCACUGGAGUGAAAAACAUAAAAUUCUUUCUUCAUCUCUCUCUCAUCUGCUGCAGUCAGUCCUGUAUCUUUCUUAAAAUAUAUAAGUCUCAUGAUCUGGUAAUUACUAACACAUAGAUUGGCAAUGACAAACUUCCUUUCCCUCCCUUCCCAGUUAACCCAACAGUCCCAUCUAAGUGCGUGCUUUGGGGGCUAAAAUAGGAAGUACAGACUUCCUAUUUUGUGCAAUUGCACAGACUUUCCUUGAAAGGGGGGGUGUCAGCUUCUCUGAAAGUGGCAUUUGAGGUUCAUAAAAGAUGUAGUAGUUAUUUGAAGACUUACUUGCCAAGAAAAUCCUGUGGUUGGUUUAUACUUCUGUCUCCAGUUCUAGGCAAGUGUGGAUUUGCUGAUAUCUGCAUCAGAGGAUUCUGGUGCUGGGGGGUGGUGCUGGACAGGGAGAGUUCCCCAUCAGGUUGAAUCAUCUGCUUCACAGACACCCCUGGAUUCAGAAACAAACAGCUCCACAGUAAGCAGGGCAAGAGAGUGGCCAGUGGGCAAUGAAAACUCUGAAAUUCUGAGUUAGGAU